AUGGAACCUAACGAUGUUGUGUUACCUCAGGCGGAUGGCGACGCGAAACGUGGGACGAAAAAACUCGGGGAGGCAAAGGUUCCCCGGGAAAAGAAAAAAAUCAGCAUAGUGGAAGGCCCCCAGCGGAAAAAAUCCCCCGUCCAAGUGGAGAGGCACAGAAAGAGUCUCGUUUCCGAAAGGACGGUCUCUUCCAAAAGUUAUUCGUACAAAUGCGGCUUCGACGAGGAGGCACUGACCACGGUAUUCGCGAACCCGAGUCUAGACAGCCUCAUCAGUUCGCUCGCGUGUCCCUCGCCCAACAUCGGCGUCCACAGCAUGGCAUCUUUCGACUUCCUGAGCGACGAAACUCUGAGCAGAGUCGAGGCCGCGGCCUUUGCCGAAAUCCUACGCGAAGCCAUCGACCGGCUCGACCUGCUCCUUCGGACUAUUCCCAAGGACGAGCAGUCAAGCCCGAGGCAAAGGCUGGCCAGGAAAAAGAACACCUGUGACCCUGCCAACGAGCAAAUCAUGUUUUUUCCGGAAGAAGAUGGCUACGUGCCCGUUAUUCUCGGUGUCCAUCAGAAACUACUCGAGGACUGGAAAUUAGUUUACAAUGUUUUUCGCAAAGUUGCCUGCGAACUCGAAACUGACGGCACCUACGACUGGCUGUGCUCCGAAGUCAACACGAUCAUCGGUACCAAAGAGAAUAACGCGAAUCUCGAGGUCAACUUGAAAAUUUGGCUCGAUUUGGCCGGGAGGUUGCAAGGGUCGCUCGAGUCGCGGGAAAAGGAAUUCGAAAGCGAGAGGCGAGAGUACACGGAGAAAAUCGAAAGAUUAGAGAUGGAGAUCGAUAGCUCGUACUGCGUCAACAAGGAAAAAUUAGAUUACGUGCGCAGAUGGGAAGACUCGAAACUAGAGCAGCAAAACUUGCGGCAACUUUCGAGGGAAGAAUCGGUACUGGGCGAAAUCGAGGAAUUGCACAGAGCAAAGCAUACCGAUGCAAGAGUAUCCGAGGAAUUGAAAACUUAUUUAAAGUUUGUUAUAAACAACAACGAAGCCGAUGUUGAGGUGUGGACUAAUAGGUACAACGACGAAUUGGAAAGACGAGAGCAAGAAAUCAAGGAUUUACAGGAAAGGAUCGAAGAGUUGCAAGAAUUUCUCGAAGAGUCGCGUAUUUUACAAAGCCAACGGCAAGUUGUGAUAGACGAGUAUAUGGAGGAGCAGAGAAAAAUACAGGCUGAACAUGAUUAUUGGGUUGACGUUAAUACGGCCGCGACGUUGAUUCAAGCAAUUUGGAGGGGCUACAUGGUUCGGCAUAAAUUGGGCCCUUAUUCGGCAUUGAUGAAAAAAAAGAGUAAAAAGAAAAAAAAGUCUAAGAAAAAAAAAGUUAAAAAAUAACUGCCAUUUCUUC